AUGAAGGCAGUACAGAAGCUUCAAGGGCAGAACCCACCUUCUCCAGCAGUCAUUACUGAUUCUGUACCUGGUUUGAGCAAUCCAGCCGAGUGCCUCCAAAGCCUCCUGGAGCCUACACCAUUGUCUAUGUACUUGCUGCUUUCUGCCCUAAGGCCUCUGCAGUAUAGGGGGUGGCCUAGGCGCAGAGGUAAUGUCUUUGAUCUCUGCCCCUUGCCACCUCCGGGAAUCGAGAAAGCUGACUACAGGGUCCUGAGCUACCAGUCAAAGGUAUCAGGUACCAGGGAAAGGUAUUGCUACCAGUUGCCAGCUGCAUCUUUUGGGAGAGCGGGCCCUGCAUCUCACCUGGACAGCACAGCAGAGCUAACCCUGGUAGAGGUGGUGCAGGUGAGCCAGCCCGGAGGGCAAAAACGUGGUAGAGCUGGCCCCACCAUUCAUCAGCGCUACCAUCUACAACCAAAUAGUUCCUCAACCCGAGUGAGGCUUCAUGAACUCACCCCCAACCCUGCCGGAAUGUUUGCUGGUCAGUCAUCCACAGCUGCUGUGACUUCCUGGGUGCAGUUUUUUUCAACACCACACAUUGCCUUAAUUUUAGUGUGCAUGUACAGUUCAUCAUCUAGUGAUUCUAAGCAGAGUGGAGUGCGCAACAAGGAGCCAGGAAGCGGGGCACGUCGACCUAAAAACACAGUGACACAGAACUCCUCCAGAGUAAGCACAGAGCAUAAUCAGGAAGUCCCCUUGAGGUCAGAUACCUGGCAUCAGGAAGACUUAUACUAUGAGAGAAAGCAUUCAGGAUACUUGACCUGCUUGGGCAAUACUUACCGGAUUCUUCCAGAACGUCUAAAAUCCGACUUAACUGAGUACUGUGCACUUGUCAAAGCUGUGGAUGAGAACAAUGACCUGUGCCAGUGUGGCAUAUUUGGGGCUGAUAUUCCUGCUCUCUUUCAGACUUUUACCUUACACCAGCAGGGACUGAGUCUCUCUCUACCUCACAGAACAAACAAAGGUGCUGUGUUGCUGCCAAUUUUUACCACAAAGCAUCCAGGAGGUCCAGAAUUGAGAAGAAGAACCCUCUUUCAUUUUACCUUCAUCAAGGUGGAAAGUGAAGGAAAACUGGUGCAGUUGGACACCGAGAGUCUCGGAGGGUGUUCUGAAGAUAACACACCACCAGGGAGACAGUUUGGCUGUACAUGCACAAGGAGAGCCUCAUCAUGGACAGCAGUGGGUGAACUGAGACAGACUGCUCUCAAAGAAGUCAGUGUUGUGAAAGAGAAGGAUGGACUGAAGAAUCCUCCCAGGGGCAGAGGCUGGAUAACGGCCAUCUUUAAUAGGAGCGGGAACGCAGGAAAAGAAGAACAUCUAGGAAGGACACCAUUGAGAUAUCCGUCAAAUAGCAAACAGGAAAAAGAAGGGGGAGGAGGAAGAGGAGGAGAAGGAGAAAGAGAAGAAAGAGGAGAAGAGAAGGCAAAGGAGAAGAGGAGGAGGAAAGGAAAGAAGAAAGAAAGAAAGAAAGAAAGAAAGAAAGAAAGAAAGAAAGAAAGAAAGAAAGAAAGAAAGGAAGAAGGAAAGGGAAGGAAGGAAGGAAGGAAAGAAGGAAGAAAGAAAGAAAGAAAGAAAGAAAGAAAGAAAGAAAGGGAAGGAAGGAAGGAAGGAAGGAAGGAAGGAAGGAAGAAACGAAGAAACAAAAACAAAACAAACAGAGAGAAAAGACCCGGGUCUCCUGCCCUGUAUGCCGGUCAAGUUGCAGCUGAGUCUGUGAAGUCUGUGAAGGUCUUUGUGUUUGGAGUUGCAGGAAAUCCUCUUGGAUUUACGGAAAGUUCCUCCUUACGCUGGACUGAGCAGCUGGUGUGA